GUUUGUCUGGGGCUGGGAAGACCACGGUGAGCAUGGCCCUGGAGGAGUACCUGGUGUGCCACGGUAUCCCCUGCUACUCGCUGGACGGAGACAACAUCCGCCAGGGCUUGAACAAGAACCUGGGCUUCAGCCCCGAGGACCGCGAGGAGAACAUCAGGCGUAUAGCCGAGGUGGCCUGGCCAAUCGCUGACGCAGGGCUCAACAUUAACUAUCCCGUUGUUUGUCUCCCCGUCGUCCAGGAUCGUGUGAACGCCAGGAAGAUCCACGAGGCUGCAGGCCUGCCCUUCUUCGAGGUGUUUGUGGACGCGCCGCUUGACGUGUGUGAACAGAGAGACGUCAAGGGUCUCUACAAGAGAGCCAGGGCGGGAGAGAUCAGAGGUUUCACUGGGAUAGACUCGGAGUAUGAGAAACCAGAGGCCCCAGAGCUGGUGCUGAAGACUGACUCCUGCAGUGUCAAUGAGUCUAUACAGCAGCUCAUUGACCUGCUACAGGAGAAGGAUAUAGUGCCGGUGGAUGCUUCCUAUGAAGUGAAGGAGCUGUACGUAGUGGAGAACAAGCUGGACCUGGCCAAGACAGAUGCUGAGACACUGCCUGCUGUGCAGAUUGGAAAGGUGGACAUGCAGUGGGUUCAGGUGCUUGCUGAGGGCUGGGCCACGCCCCUGAACGGCUUCAUGAGGGAGAGGGAGUUCCUGCAGUGUCUCCACUUUGACUGUCUCUUGGACGGUGGGGUCAUAAACCUGUCGGUGCCGGUGGUGCUGCCGGUGUCCGGGGCGGACAAGGAGCGUCUGGACGGCGUGACGGCCAUGGCCCUGUACGGGCCAUCCCUCCGCAACCCCGAGUUCUACGAGCACCGCAAGGAGGAGCGCUGCGCCCGCCAGUGGGGCACCACCUGCAAGGACCACCCCUACAUCAAGAUGGUAAUGGAGAGUGGAGACUGGUUGGUAGGAGGAGACCUGCAGGUCCUGGACAAGAUCAGCUGGAACGAUGGCCUGGACCAGUACAGACUCACCCCCACUGAGCUCAAACACAAGUUCAAGGAGAUGAAUGCAGACGCAGUGUUUGCCUUCCAGCUGCGUAACCCGGUGCACAACGGCCACGCCCUCCUCAUGCAGGACACCCACAGGCGUCUGAUGGAACGGGGCUACCGCCGGCCCGUCCUACUGCUGCACCCACUGGGCGGUUGGACCAAGGACGACGACGUGCCUUUAGAGUGGCGCAUGAAGCAGCACGCCGCCGUGCUGGACGAGGGCGUGCUCAAACCCGAAAACACCAUCGUGGCCAUCUUCCCGUCGCCCAUGAUGUACGCCGGCCCCACUGAGGUGCAGUGGCACUGCCGUGUUUAAUGCGGCCGCGCCAACUUCUACAUUGUGGGUCGCGAUUCGGCGAUGCCCCAUCCAGCCAACAAGGACCUGUACGGUUCACCCACCGCUAAGGUCCUCACCAUGGCGCCUGGACUCAUCACCCUGGAGAUCGUACCCUUCAAGGUGGCCGCCUACAACAAAGCCAAGAAGGCCAUGGACUUCUACGACCCCAAGAACCAUCAAGACUAUGACUUCAUCUCAGGGACACGGAUGCGUAAGAUGGCUCGCGAGGGACAGAACCCUCCGGAAGGUUUCAUGGCCCCCAAAGCUUGGGCUGUACUGGUGGAGUACUACCAGUCCCUGGAGAAGGCUACAUAAGGUCAAAUGUGGUCAAAGGUCAAAAUGGGGGACAUCAGGGUCGUAUUCAUUAGGGCACACAAUAGCACUUUUUAAAUGUUUCUCACCAAGAAAAAACGAAAACAAGCGGUUCUCAUUGGACAAGUCCAGAUAGUCCCUCCCUGCUUCAGUCCAUUUUCCUUUGUUUGGUGCCUAAUGAAUACGACCCAGCUAUCUCCUCUAAAACAGUUAAAAGAUGAAUACGAGGACCACUGAACAGCUAUAGCUAUCGUUCCAUCCUUGCUCUGUGGCUCGCUUCCAGAUGUCCCCCUCCAACACACACUCCACCUCUCCACUCCACUCCUCUCCUCUCUCAUUCUGCUGCUACUGUCACUGGGCUUCAGUCUUACCACACUGAGGAUGUACUUUAUUUAAACUCACCAUUUAGAAAUUGGUUUCAUCAAUUGUGCAACUAUCAGUAUUUUAAAUGUUUUAAAAAUGGGUUCGAAGGUCCAUUUUAAAAGGUGUGAUGAGGCGAAGAUUGUGAAUGAAUUGU